UCGUCGCUAUUCGCAGCGCGGAUUCUCCCCAGUUCGGUAGGGAAAAGUAGGGCUGAGCCCAGCAGGCAGACCCGGCGGGAGGAUGCCGGGCAGGCAGGAAUGAGUUCCCGUCGCAACGGGAAGGGUGGUGGCAACCUCCGGUGGCGGGGCUCAACACCCCAAGGGCUAGGACAGAGGCCGGGCAGCGGGAUCGGGGGGCGGUGGCUCCGAGCGCCCGCCCCGUCCCGCCCCCGCGCAGACAGGCGGCCUAACGCGGCGCUGAUGCGCAGCCCCGCCGCGACAUGGCUGGACGCAGCCUCUUGGGUCUCCUUCUCGCCUUCUCCGCGCUGCUGAGCGCAGGUCGUGGGGAUGACUUUGAUGACUUCAACCUAGAAGAUGCCUUGGGUGACACCAGCACCAACCGACCCACUCCCAAGGGACACAAGAAGCCAGCAGGUGGGCCAGCAGGCUUUGAUUUGGCUGAUUACUUUGAUGCCCCUCUGGAGACCACCACCAAACCAGCCAGGCCAACUCCAAAGCCCUUCCCUGGGCCAGGCAAACCAGACAACAGCUUUUGGAAUGUCAUCUACAGCACCACAACCAAGCAGCCAAAAACUACGAGGGCCCCCCCCAAGCCUAAGCCAGCAAAGGAUCCUCUGGAUUUUGACCUGGCUGAUGCCCUUGAUGAUAAAAACGAUAGGAAAAAUGAUGGGAGGCCGAACGUAAGACCAGGGGAAGAAUUUUCAGAUGAUGACCUGGCCAGCAUUGUGGAUGGUGGUGGCUACAACCCAGACAAGAAGAAAGGUUCUGAGGGCAAAACAGACAGUGACUACGGUGAACUGGCAGAGACGGGGACAAUCGCCGGCGUCGCCAGCGCCCUGGCCAUGGCACUCAUCGGGGCUGUCUCCAGCUACAUCUCCUACCAGCAGAAGAAGUUCUGCUUCAGCAUCCAACAGGGACUUAACUCGGAGUACGUGAAAGGAGAAAACAUGGAAGCUGUUGUGAGCGAGGAACCCCAAGUUAAAUACUCAGUACUGGAAACACAGCAAGCACAGCCACCAAGACAAGACACUGUGAAGAUGUAAAGUGUGACCCAGGGCUGGAAAAGAAUCAGUCAGCAGCAAAGGGAGAUCUUCCAUGCUUGUAAUUUAGCUUUUUAUUUAAUUUGACUCCAAAGAUACUUAAUGUGUACUUAGGCUUGAACUGGCUUCGUAUUGCUGUAGGUGCACGUGGUAGUAUGUGCUUACUUUUUGUUGAGGUGUAUGUUUACGUCUACGUAGGUUUGUAGGUUUGAUGUCCAGUUGUAUGCAAACCAACAGAAGAAGGUGCUGAAUUCAGGAGCAGUUUCCAGUGACAGGAGGAGGCCUUUUUCAAGGAGCAGAAGAGCUUACAGGUGUGAGGACAGAGAAGUGCCUGUAAAUAGCAAUCCAAAGCAAACCCUUCAAAUCCCUUUGUAAAGCACCUCCAGCCAACUCCUGCCAUCAGCUAUGGUCCCUUCUAACAGCAGAUUCAAACUGCUCCUUUCCUGAGGGUAGAUUGCAGUCCUUAGCAUAGUUACAUCUCCAAAUGAAGUGCCUAUGGGGAGGUGUUCAGGUUGGGGCUGGGGCUGAGGCAGGUGACUCCCUUCUCUGAAGUCAGGAGUUGAGGAUGCUUCACCACCUAGUGCUGGGCUUCUAACCACACAACAGGACCUGAUUUUCAUGCCAAGUCAUAAAUACAGGUAAAAGCAGUGUGUGCAGUGUCCACUUUUAGCAAAUCCCAUAUGAAUGCUUGACUGUGCUAGAGGUAAGAAUGGAGCUGAAGUUGCCAAGUGAUGCAGUUCAUCUGUGUGACACGAGAGACCUACACUGUCACUGAAGUGAAAACUGUAUUCCAAGGACAGGAUCAGAUCUCACACAGAAAAAACCUACAGAUUUAACCCAAAAGAGAAUACACAAAGUAGGUAUUUGUUAAGCCCUGUAACACUGCCACAAGAGAAGUCAAGCUUAGCAAGCAGAAGUGCCCCUACCUUCUCCUCCAGUCAUUAACACUGGUACUGCAAGCACCCCCUGACACCCCAGGCAGAAAAAGGCCAAAAGGCUUCAUCUCUGUGUCACCAACUAACUUUUUAAAAAGGCAGAAUCUCCUGAGAGGGGGGGGGUCCUCCUCCUAUCCCUGUUCUGCAUGGGGUUUCUGUAUCUUUCUGGGAAGCAUCAGUCUCUGGGAGCAGUGCUGGGCAGGAUGCUGGCUGCCCCCAGGACACAUGGGAGCUCCAGCACCCCCCUUCAGUGAUGUGCUGCCAAACCUGACCUUCACUAAAUUGCAAGAAUUUCUUUAUGUUUCUAAUCCCUCCCCAACUGUUUUUUAUUGCUGCUAAAAUGUGCAUCCUAUGCAUUUAUUUAAAUCAAUGACUGCUAAAAAAGCAUGCUCUCAAGUGAAGGAAAAUUCACUUUACAUGCUGUAGGAGGUACUCACUAUUUAUAUAUAAACCUAAAAUGUAGGCAUUUUGUACUGUUUUGAAAAGCCUGUGUUUUGUGAAUGUGUAUGGAAAAACCCUCAGUUUUCAGUUUGAUGCACAAAUUCACAGCUUUCAGGUAGAGGACUUCCACAAGGCCUUGCCAGGAGGUGAAGCAGCUCAGGAGCAUUGCUGCCUAACAGCUCCAUUUGAAAGGAAAUUGCCUGGUGAGGUGGUUAAGUACUUUGCAAUAGCUGCACAAUUCUUUAUGCUCUUUUUAACACUAGCAUUUUUAAAGCCUUAAGACUAGCUCUAGCAGAACAGCUCCAGUGUUUUAUAAGGGAGACCAGUUCUAGGGAUAUAUGGUGCCUCCCGUGUAUUCAGAGAACACUUAAGACUACAAUAAUACUCCCAGGAACUACUGCUGCUUUGUUUUCACCAAUGUGUUUAGCUUAGAAAACAAAAAUACUCAGAUUACUGGCUGCCUAGAGAGUGGAAGCAGGGGAAAUAGUGACACACUCUGUGUUUGCUUAUUCCCUAAGAAUGAUUUUCAUGGAGGAAGGGUCUGCAGCAUUGGGAUCAUCACGUGCAGGAGCUUGGAUGCUGCCAAAGCCACACAGAUGAGUUUGUGCAUCUCAUUCCCAAGCAUUUUUUAUUUUCUUAGCCAAACACAUUUGGAAACUAAAGCACGAAAAAUGUUUUUAGAAAGUUACUGUAAAUAAGUGUUACAGCCUGGCUUUGAUCAUCAAUAGGAGCCAUUUCCCCAGCUUUGAUCAAGUGACCAUAAUUCCAGUUCUCCUCCUGCCAAUGACCAUGUUUUCUGUGGCCACAGAUCAUCAGUUUUAGUGCAGUUCCUUUACUGUGCCCUCCCUGGUUGUUUCGUGGGCAGUGCAGCAGCGUGUCCAGGAAUAAAGAACCUACCUCUCUUAGGAGAAACGUGUGUCUGAGUCACAAAAUACCACAGGUUAAGGGAAAAUUUCACAGAACAAAAAUCCCAAUUCUCAGGACUCAGAAGUUGCUCCUUUCCCUAAGACCUUUUUUAGGACUUUGGUGAAUACUUAGACCUUAGUGUAAUUCCUAAGUAUGUGGGAAGCUAUAAAUGCCCAGUGAAAGGGACUUGAGGGAUCUACUGGAGAGAGUCCAAUGGAGGAUGAUUAAGGGACCUGAACAUCUUUCCUAUGAAGAAAGACUGAGAGAACUGGGGCUGUUCAACCUUGAGGAAAGAAGGCUGAGAGGAGAUCUUAUGAAUGUCUAUAAAUAUCUGAGGGGUGGGUGUCAAGAGGACGAGGCCAAUCUCUUCAAGUGGUGCCCAGUAAUACAAGGAAUAAUGGGUUUAAGCUAGAAGAUGGGAAGUUCCACCUCAACAUGGGGGGAAAUUUACUGUGAGGGUGAUGGAGCCCUGGCACAGGCUGCCCAGAGAGGUGCUGGAGUCUCCUCUUGAGACUUUCAAAGCCCACCUGGAUGUGUCCUGUGUGGGCUGCUUUGGUCAUCCUGCUUUGGCAGAGGGGUUGGACCAGUUGAUCUCUAGAGGCAUCUUCUAGCCCCUAAUAUUCUGUGACUCUAUGAUACUUUUAAAAAAAAUGGACAGUAACAGAUUUUAAAAUCUGUUUCUCUUGUUUCAAAUAGGAAAAUAUUGCCAAAUACUGCAGUAAAGAAAUUAAACCUCUUCAAAACGGGACAAAAGUCUUAAUGUGCUAAAUGUCAGUAAAGGCUCACCUAGAUUUUUCCUUGCAGUCAGUCUUCUUUUCCAUCUGAAGUCAGAGCAGACUCUGAGAAAUGAGUGUAUACACCAUCUAUACCACAGGCAUUGUAACAGCUGGAAGGGUUCUGGUGCUUUUUCUUAGUAGUGAUCUGAGUUUUCAAACAGCUGACUGUGCCCUGACCUCUCUAACUAAUUUAAUUAGUACCUAUUCUCUUUAAAUCUGCAUAUGGAAUUUUUAAAAAAAUUCAGCACUUUAGGCUCUGGAUACAUGGUAUGAACUUUCUCAUCCUUUACCCAAAAAAAGGCCAUAAAACACCCAAGUCCAAAAACUGCAUCUACAACUGCCCUGAGAGCUGAUGUAUUACCCAUGAUGUAUCCUCUUAUCACACCUCACUUCUUCAGCUUAACUAAAGCAAUUUUUAACACAAUAAUUCAGAAAGGGUUUCUCAAUUUUGACUAGCUUUUUUCUUGUAGUUUAUUCUGUCAAUUACUUUCAUUUUCCUUUGGCAGCACUGUAGUAGUUUCUUUGUUUUAGAUUCUUCAGCUGAGAAUACUCUUAGAGGAAUUUCAGAGACUUUGGCACUAGAAACUCAAGUCAUUUUCAUGCAGCUCCCCUAAUGAACCUGCUACACUACUCAUUUGUUGUGAUAAAAGUGGAAUUAGUCCAUAAUACCAUUUCAAAUUCUGAAGAAGUAAGCUGAGUCGACAGGCUAGAGCUUUAAAAAUCUGCUUCUGCUACAAAGGAGGUUCAGGAACAAAUGAAGUUCAGAAACAAUGGUAUUGUGAAAUUAGAGAAUCCUUUCUUUUGAGUGAAGUCCUCCCUUGACAGCAAGGCAUUGUUUGCAGGUGCAGAAGCAAUUUAUACCAAAUAAAAGUUGUGCUGUAAGAAAGUAAGAUCCAUUUUGCUGCUGUGCAUGUAAGGAUCAUGGAGUUAAAAAUCAGCAUUUGAGUACCAUUGGAAAACACCAAAUAAAACAAGUUGACUAGUAAGAUAUUUU